AUGUCGAAGAAAUCCAAGAGUUUCGAUGUCCGAGAGGUCAAUUCGGAUGUCGAAUUUGUUAGCGAGGUGAGAAGUGAAGAGCUGGUCUUCCAUCCCCUCGGCUUGGAUGUUUGUCGUGCUUUAUGCACAAAGUUGAACGUCGAUUGCGUGAAGGUUGUUAGUCCGGUAGCCACAGAGGAGGGGUUGUUGGGUGUUCCUUGUAGCAAAGAGAGGAUUGUGGCCGAUGGGAACUGCUUCUUCAGAGCCAUCUCUCAGGCUGUGAGUGGUUCUCAGAAGCACCAUCGUAGGAUUAGGUUAGCUGUAUGUAAAGAGUUAGAAAGGAACACAGAUAGAUAUCAGAGUCUCUUGAGAAGUGAGUACUCCUCUGUGUUAGAGUACAUUGAGCAGUCCAGGAUGAGGCGUGUCGGUAGUUGGGCCACAGAGGUGGAGAUUCAGGCGACAGCCGAUUGGUUAGGCGUUAGUGUGUUUACGUUUCAUGAUGGGCGUUGGUUGAGGUAUAGUUGUAGCAGUCAGCCUUUGUCGGUAGAGUGUAUUUACUUAGAGAAUAUCAUGGGGCGGCAUUUUGAGAAUGUGGUUUGUGUAUUUAAGCCUGGACUGCAGAGUUGCUUUGGGUAUUGUAAAAUUAGUGAAGUCACAGGUUACAGCAUUAGGCCUAGAAUGAUGGAUGUUGUAGAUGGUGACAACACAGCGGUUAGGUAUGAUGUCGUAGGUUCUGUUGUAGGUGUACAGGAUAGUGUCAAGGACGUGGAGGCUGCUAGGGAGUUAGUGUCAGGUAGAAAGUCUCUGUCCAAGUAUCUGAAGAGGAAACAAAGGACGCAGGAAAAGUUUAAUAUGCCGCUUAGGGAGAAACGGCAGUUAACUAUUAGGAAGAUGUAUAAGGAAAAUGUGGUGUUUAGGGAGAAGGCUAGGUUGUGCAGUGUAGAAAAGUAUUGUAAGAAUUUGCCCCACAGAGAAAGGGUUAGACAGAUGAGUAUUAGUAAAUACAGAGAAAGCUUUGAGCAUAGGGAGAGAGUUAAGGGCAUGAUUUUGGGCAAAUAUAGGGACAGCACUGAGUAUAGGGAGAAACUUAAAAAAAGGAGUAAGAGUAGGAGUAAGAGUAAGUAUCAUGGUAGUGUAGAACAUAAGGAGAGAGUUAUUUCCAGUGUUAAGUUAGGCAGAAAGCAGAGAGUAGAGAAAUCUAAAGAUUUUGGGUUUGUUAUGGAUCAGUUUUUAGAAAAGGUCAGAGAUGGACCUGAUUUUGUUUGCUGUGUGUGUCAUAGGUUGUUUUUUAGAUAUCAGGUGGUGAUUUGCGAAAGGGAAGCGUAUAGGCGAAGUUCAGUGACAGCUGCUGUGGCAGAUAGGUGUCUAGGCCAGCAGUAUUUGCAUCGGUGUAGUGGGGAGUGUGUUGUGCCCUGUUCGUUGGUUUCAUCGCGCGGUAAUUUGUGGAUUUGUUUCACAUGUGAUAGAAAGCUUAGUUCAGGUGAGAUGCCAGCUGAAUGCUGGGUUAAUAACUUGGAGCUUGAUCCCAUUCCUGCUGAACUGGGAUCUUUGAAUAGUUUAGAACAGCAUCUGAUUGCGUUACAUAUUCCAUUCAUGAAGAUGUUGGCACUGCCUAAAGGCGGGCAGAAUGGAGUACAUGGACCGGUGACAUGUGUUCCAGCCAACAUUGUUCAGACUGUGAAUGUGUUGCCACGUUCCAGCAUGGAAGGGUCUCUGCUUCAGGUUAAGCUGAAGCGGAAACUGACGUAUAAAGGGUAUUACGAGUACCAGUUUGUGGAUACGUUGCGUGUAAGACAGGCGCUAGAGUACUUAAAGAGGACAAAUGUUCACUAUAGAGAUAUUGAAUUUAAUGAGCACUGGGUUAAUGAGUUUGUUAGGGAGGAAGAUAGGGAGAGGGAAGAGGCCGAAUCAGGCAGUGAGGAUGAGGGUAGGUCACAGCAGGUUACGGUUCAGAGUGAAAUGUGUGAGUUAGCAGAAUCAGCAGACAUAGGACAGGAUGAACUGUUGCAUGACAGACAACAGCACUGCAUGUUUCAGGACACUUGUCUUAUGCCUGUUGAUAUUGGUCAGGAAGCUUUAGAUCAGUAUUUUAAGGAUAUUUUGAACAUUGCGCCUGCAGAAGGGAAUAGUCCGGUAAGAAUGCUUUCUGACCACACGAACGAGGCAAAGUGUUUCCCGGUGUUGUUUCCGACGGGUGGUAAGACUUUUCAUGAUGGUCGGUGGCACGACUUGACGUUGGCGCGUUAUCUUAAUAAUAGGAUUAUGCAUGCCGACGGUCGUUUUGCGCGUAAUGUAGAAUAUAUAUUUUUUGCGCAGUAUGUGUCGGAGUUGGACAAGGUUGUGUCCAGUGUUUCUGUUGCGUUGCGUAAGGGUAAAGGAGGUCAGAGGCCUCAGCGGAUUAGUGAGGAUGUGUUGGCAGAUGCGGACGCCUUGAAGCAGUUGUUGGCGUGUGAUGAUGGGUUUAGGUUUCUUAAACCCAUUAGAGGAACUCCGGCCUUCUGGCAGUCUGUCCAGAAGGAUGUGAUGGCUUGUGUGCGGCAGUUAGGGAUUCCGACGUGGUUUUGUUCGUUUUCGUCUGCGGAUAUGCGCUGGCAGAAUCUUCUGACCAGCAUCCUGAAACAGGAAGGCAGAUCGCAGACGGUAGAGGAUUUGGAGUGGGCAGAUAGGUGCGCGUUGUUGCGUCGCAAUCCGGUCACCGCGGCUAGGAUGUUUGACUACAGGUGGCAUUGUUUUCUGAAAGAGGUUCUCAUGUCUCCCUGUCAACCUAUCGGCAAAAUAAUCGAUUACUUUUAUAGGGUCGAAUUUCAACAGCGAGGCUCACCACAUGUACACUGUUUGUUUUGGAUCGAGGGUGCUCCCCAAAUUGAUAAAAACACAGACGAGGAAGUCGUAGAAUUUAUCGACCGUUACGUUACAUGUGAGCUACCCUCAGAUGAUGACACACUAUUGGACACGGUGUCAUCUGUUCAAACACAUUCCAAACGACAUUCAAAGUCAUGCAGAAAACACAAAACGACAUGUCGUUUCAAUUUUCCAAAACCUGUUUCUGCGCGCACAUUCAUUUGUAGAAUGCGGGAGUGCAAGUGUGAUAAGAAGAAGGAGACAGGUGAGGCUGAAUCUAAUUCAGAAAACAAGCCAGCCUGUAAAUGUUUUGAGGAUAGGGAUAGGAUGCCAAAAGAGUUUGCGCACAAAAUUCUUGAGGCUGUUAAAAAAGCUGUGGAACGCGAUGUGCCUCCUGCUAGUGUAGAGGAUUUGUUUGCUAGCUUGCGAAUUAAUCAGGAGAUCUUUGAAAUGGCUUAUAGGCGUUUAGAGAAGAAACAUAAGGUUGUCUAUAGGAGAGGGGUGAACGAGGUCUGGGUUAAUCAAUAUAGUAAACAGUUGUUGAAGUGCUGGAACGCAAACAUGGACAUUAGCUUUGUCACCGACGCCUACGCAGUAGUAAUAUACAUAAUAUCGUAUAUUACGAAAGCAGAGAGAGAAAUUGGCCUCUUAUUGAGUAAUGCCCAAAAAGAAGCAAAAAAACAAGGGAAUCUCUCUGCCAAAGAAGCCCUGCGGAAGCUGGGCAGUGUAUAUUUACACAACAGAGAUGUUUGUGCGCAGGAGGCGGUGUAUAGGCUAAUGAACAUGCACCUUAGGGAGUGUUCCAGAAAGGUUGUGUUUGUGCCGACAGGCAGUAGGAUAGUUAGAAUGAGUUUGCCCCUCAGUGUGUUGAGGCAGAUGGCGGCCUCCCGUGAUCUACGGGAGGAGGAUAUGUGGAUGGUUAGUAUUGUAGAUAGGUAUAGAAAUAGGCCUGAUAGCGACGUGUUUGAUAACAUGUGUAUGGCUACCUUUGCAUCUGAGUAUCGUGUUCUCACCAAAAAUGAAAUGUCUCAAGACAGAAUUGAACUGAAGAAUGACUUUGGAUUCAUUCUUAGGAGAACACGCACUCAGUUUGCAGUGGUGCGAUACAUGCGUUUUAAUUUGGAUAGAGAGGAGGAGGCACAUUUUCAGAGCCUGUUGCAGUUGUUUCUUCCUUAUAGAACUGAUUCAGACCUCAAACCUGAAGGCUUUGAGCUGUUUGAGCAGUUUUAUAACGAUGGCGAGGUGAUGUUUAGCGACGGCUCUGUACAUUCGGUUUGCGAUGUUGUUGACGAGAAUAGGGCAAGGUUUGAGGUUAAUUGUCCUCACCUUGAGUUAGCUCAGGAGAUAGCUGCGCAGAAUAACGGUGUAGAUGAGGAUGUUUGGGGUGAGCUUUGUCCUGAACAGGAAGCGGAACGCCUAGAGGGUUUAGAGGAGAGGAGGCAGCAGCAGGAAGGUGAGAUAGCUGAAGAGCAGCUAGUUGAAUCGUUAGUCAAUGUGCCAGAUUUGAUUGUUGGUGGCAGACAGGUAGCGCAGUUAGAGAGAAACAGGUCCAUUUUAUCUAGAAGUGAGGGUUUGGCGCUCAUUAGGUCUCUGAAUGAGACACAACUUGCUGUUUUUUAUAAGGUGAGACAGUGGUGUCUGCAGAAGGUGAUGGGUAAAAACCCAGAGCCUCUGCGUGUGUUUGUGACAGGUGGUGCAGGGACGGGGAAAAGUCAUUUAAUUAGGGCUAUUCAGUAUGAAGCAGGGAGGCUGCUGUCAACACUUUGUGAUCAACCAGACGAUAUCUGUGUUUUGAUAACUGCUCCAACAGGAAUAGCUGCAUACAAUUUAAAUGCAGCAACAAUUCAUCACACAUUGAGUAUUGGCAAACAGGCUGGUUUACCUUACACCCCUCUGGGUGAAGAUAAACUAAACUCUUUGCGAGCAAAAUUAAGUCACCUCCAAAUUUUAAUUAUAGAUGAAAUAAGUAUGGUUAAUCACAACUUGUUGGCUUAUAUCCACGGUAGGUUGAGACAGAUUAAACAGACAGGCGACUUUUCCCCGUUUGGUAAUGUUAGCGUGAUAGCUGUCGGGGACUUCUAUCAGUUGCCUCCCGUUAAAGGGAAGCCUCUGUAUAGUAGUCCUGUUGGUGUGGACCUGUGGUGUAAUUUCAGCAUCGUGGAGCUGAAAAAGAUAGUUAGACAGAAGGAUAGUGUUUUUGCAGAGAUGCUGAAUAGGUUAAGAGUGCGUUCCAGGGCCACCCCAAUGUUAGAUAGCGACGUUGAAAUGUUGAAGAUGCGCGAGACCGGCGAGGUGAGCUCAGCCUUGCAUAUCUUUGCGACGAAUAGGCAAGUAAGUGAGCACAACCUAAAUUAUCUGUUUGACUGUUGUCCUGAUUAUGUCACCAUUGAGGCGCAGGAUUUUGUGACUAACAGGACAACAGGGAAUUUGGAACGGAUGCCCGGGCAUCAUGGCGUUGCGGCGGACACGUCUCUACCGGAGACUUUGUGUAUAGCGAGGAACGCGCGAGUGAUGUUGUGCAAGAACGUGGAUGUUGCGGACGGCCUGGUCAAUGGAGCAUGUGGCACGGUUACUCAGGUAGUUUUUGGAGAGGAUUCCACGUUUCCUCUCACCGUGUAUGUUAGAUUUGAUGAUGAGAAAAUUGGUUCAGAUAGGAGGAAAAACCGUGCACAUGCAGCAGUAGAAUGCCUGCAGUCUACUGCCAUUGAUCCAGAGGAGGAUAGAGCCACCAAGCGUGGCGGUUUGCGUCGUCAGUUUCCUCUGAGGUUAGCGUGGGCUUGCACUGUUCACAAAGUGCAAGGACUCACUGUGGACGAGGCGGUAGUGUCCUUAAAGAGGGUGUUUGCACCGGGGCAGGCAUAUGUAGCGCUUAGUCGCGUUAGGGCCUUGUCUGGACUGAUCAUCGAGGAUUUUACAGAGAGGGCAAUUUAUUGCAAGGACGCCAUAAAGGAGGCCUUGGAUGGCAUGCCUCCAUUUUUGAUUGAGCAGCCAGAGCCUUCAGUAAAUACACACAGUUUCUCUGUGUAUUUAAUGAACGUUCAAAAUUUAAGUCGCCAUGUGUUAGAUUUGGUGUCUUGCACGCAGCAUUUACAGCUUACCUGUAUUGCUGUGACAGAAACGUGGCUCACUGCACAGUCCUCAUUAGACAGUGUCCAAAUUGAAGGUUACACUUUCCACAGUCGUCCUCGAGGCUUGUGUUACAGCAGCAGUAACCCUAAAUUGUUAGAGCUAAAGAACCUAGAACACGGUGGAGUUGGUUUGUAUAGCGUAGAUAAUUUGGACUGUGAUAUUCUGCAGGUGCCUGAUUUGAAUCUGGAGUGUUUGGUGUGCCUGUGCAGCAAAUUCAACAUAUUGUUGGCAGUAAUUUAUCGUCCACCAUGUUAUCCAAUUUCUUUAUUCAAACAAAAUCUGGGGAAGUUACUUGAUUGGUUAAAUCCAAUCAGUAACACAAUUGUAAUAAUGGGGGAUUUCAAUGAGAACAUUUUAAAAACAUCCUCAAUUUGCAAAUUUAUGGGUGAAAAAGGAUUUAGUCAGCAUGUAACACAAGAAACUACAGAGAAGGGGACACUAAUUGAUCACGUUUAUGUUAAAACAACACAGUAUAAUGUGGAGUGUGCAGUGAUGCCCACGUAUUUUAGUGAUCAUGAAGGUGUUUUGUGUAGCUUUAGUGUUAACGAUGAUCAGGGGUUAGUUGUUGACUUGGAGGAGGUAGAGGGCCUCUUCGAGUCAGACGUGGAUUUUGAUGAGGAUUAG